CCCUCGUUCCUCUCAGGGAUCCCCGUGAAGACGACUCUGGACAACCCCAGCACGGUGCAGUACGCGGGUCUGAUCCACCAGCUGGUGAUGAAGGCGAGGAGCACCAUACGAGACAUCGACCCCCAGAACGACCUCACCUUCCUCCGCAUCCGCUCCAAGAAGAACGAGAUCAUGAUCGCUCCAGAUAAAGACUAUUUCUUGAUCGUCAUUCAGAAUCCAUCGGACUGAAGGAGGAGGAGCUUCAGCUCGACUCAUCACUCUCUUUGUCUCUCUUUCAUAUUUAAAAACAUCGUCUCUGUCUCUCUAAAGUCAAACGAACCCGUUUACCAGAAGCUCCUUAUGCUCCUGCUGUGUACCAGGAAGUAACGACACGAUCUGAUUGGUGGAUGAAAUUAAAUGGAGACGUGUGAACCAGGCGACAGGCACAUUUCUUUUUCCAUGUUUUAGCAUUCCAGCUGGGCGUCGUCUCUCUAACUGUACUUCAUGUCGCUGUGUUUAUUUCACAGGUAUUUUAGCACACAGUGAGAAGUACACACUAGUUAAAAUACCGUAAAACUAGACACGGCUGUAAAGUACACAGUGUACACGAGAGAGAAACCAGAGCUCAUCUUUAAGUUAGAGGAUGAUUCUCAGUUCUACUUUAAAAAGGAAAACUUGAGAUUAUUUAUUGUUUUGUUGGCAAAAGAUGUUGAAGUUCAGUAUUUACAUACGAACACUUCUCUCUGCUGCGUCAAGAUUCUGAUGGUUAUUUUUAAGAAAUUAAAAAACUCUAAAUGUU